UAUAAGUAUACAAUAUUCACGUGAUCAUAAAUACGGAAAAAAUAUCACCGCAACAUUAGAAGAUGGUUCCGUUUUCUGUUCAUUUCUUCCACCAAAUUAUGGUGGUGACAUUAGUGGUAGCGAAAAUGAUGCUAUCGCGUUUUGUAAUAAGCCUAGUCCAAAUGCGCCUGGUGCUAGAAUUUUUCCCGACGGAUUUAUUAAAUCUUAUCACUUCGCCACUGGAGAUGGUUACAUCCAGGUCACUGGCACUAUUCAUAGAGAUGUAUACGGUUUAAAGAAAAGUGAUGAGGGUGGUCAGUAUGAUAGUGUAGGUGCUCCUCCUGGCGCAAUCUGCGCUAAUUAUGAUAAAUUUGUGAACUUGGUCGAACCUGAUAUUGAAUUAUUCUGUAUUCGCUGUUGUACUGACACUUCAAAGUGCGAUACCGGUUAUAGCGAAAAUGGAUGUGAAUCUAUUAUUCCUGAAAUCAUUACCGAAUAUUUGGAGUCUUAA